AUGAACGAACCCUACAGCCCUGCAACGCCCCGACCCAUCAGCAGCACCUCACCUGGCACCAUGAAAAUGUUCAUGGGCUUCCUCGCUGUAUUUAUUGUAGCACAGACUAUUGGGACCGUACUCUUCUGUUUGUAUCUUCACAUGAAGAUGGAUAAGAUGGAAGAGGUGUUGAGCUUAAAUGAAGAUUACAUCUUCCUGAGGAAAGUACAGAAAUGUCAGACGGCAGAAGGUCAGAAGUCGACAUUAUUGGACUGUGAAAAGAUUUUAAAGGGCUUCCAGGAUCUCCAGUGCAAGGACAAGGGAGCCAGUAAAGAGCAGCCCAAGUUUGAAAUGCAGAGAGGCCAUGAGCACCAUGAGCAUCCCCAUUUGAUGCACAAGAACGAGACGUCCGUGACAGCAGAGAAGAGGCAGCCGAUCGCAGCCCACCUGGCAGGUCAGAGCAACAGGACAGUGUCAGUGCUAGAGUGGAAGAAGACGAUGUAUGGCCCCAUGAGCAACUUGAUAUCCUACCAGGAGGGGAAACUGAAGGUGAAGGAAGCAGGGCUCUACUACAUCUACGCCCAAGUCAGCUUCUGCACCAAGGCAGCAAAUUCGGCACCCUUCACCCUCUAUAUUUAUUUGUAUCUCCCCAUGGAAGAGGACCGGCUCUUGCUGAAGGGACUAGACACGCACAGCACCUCCACAUCUCUCUGUGACCUCCAGUCCGUCAGGGUGGGAGGUGUCUUCAAACUCCGGGAAGACGACAUGGUCUUUGUCAACGUGACAGACUCAAGACGAGUGAACUACAACCACGGCAGCACCUACUUUGGCAUCUUCAAGCUGUAGUGAGGAG